GGCUCCUGGCUGGCGAGGCGUGCCACUUGCAUGGAGAGCUCCCCCAAGCUGAGUUGCAGGAUCCUUUGAAAUGGACGAAGCAGCUGCUUAGAGUCUCGAUUAACCCCAAAGAAGGCAAGACGAAAGGAGUCUCAACGGGUGGCAAGUCAUGCAUGGAAUGAGACAAGGGCAUCCCCAACACCUCGGCAGCUACCACCAGCCCGCUCAAGAUGUUGCUGUCCCCCAGAGGAUCAACUCCCCCAAGGUGACCAACAUCAGCCUGGAGGUGUUCAGCGGCUCCACCCCGGAGCUCAAGCAGACGCGCAAGCUCGCCCGGGACAGGAAGGCCUGCAAAGUCGAUCCCAAAGACUCCAAUGGGAGGGAGGGAGAAACCGACACCUUUAUUUCUGACCCCGCGGAAGCUCCCCGGCCUCCGUGCUGCUCCACUCUGUCCCAAGCCUGGAGUGCUUACAAAGCCGUCUUCUGCUGCAUCGUGACGUGCGGAGGCUGCUUCCGGGACUGCCGGCCCACCAUCUCGUACUCGUACAAUGAUUCCUUGACUGAGGAAGGGAAGAGCUGGGAGCGCAAUGGCCGUUUGCCCAGCAGCCCAGCCAGUAGCUCCCCACCGGAAAAGAACGGGAGCCAAACCAAGAAGAGCACGGUGGGCAGCAGUUUCAGCUACUCGGACUUGAAACUGAAAGGGAUCCCGCUUUUUCCCAACCAGAACCCCAGCUCCCACACGGACACCGACUCGUGCUACAAGGAGCCUGUGUCGGAAAAACUCUCCCAGAACAGCGUAGAGAAGCAGCCUCCCCCCAAUAGCCAGCGAAGCUCCGAGGAACACUGUUCCUUCGUCGAGGAGUUGGAUUUUGAGAACGAGGACCAAAUCAGCUCCAUCUCCAUGUCCAGCCGGCAGAUUGACUUCUUGAUUUUCCGGAAACUGACCGAGCUCUUCAGCGUCCACCAGAUCGACGAGUUGGCCAAGUGUACGUCAGACACGGUCUUCCUGGAGAAGACCAACAAGAUCUCGGACCUCAUCAACAGCAUCACUCAGGACUACCACUUGGACGAGCAGGAUGCUGAAUGCAGGCUGGUCCGGGGGAUCAUACGCAUCAGCACGCGGAAACGCCCGACCCGACCCCGGGUCAUUGCCCCGACCCUCCCGAGCCGGGAGGAGUCCGCGAACCGAGGCAACCCACCCGACAGCGGCAAUGAGACCAUGUUGGCUUCCGUGGUCGCUAGCGGAGAAGAUUUGUCUGUCCAGAUAUCUGUAGAAACCACUGCAGAUAUGCAAGCCAGGCACAUGCGGCAGGGACGGCACAGCGCUGCAGGAUCUCCACUGAGCACAGGCUCUUCUUUCCAGGACACAGAGACGGAUUCCUCUGGGGCGCCUCUACUCUCGGUAUAUUGCUGAGAAAACGGACAUACGGUAGACAACAAGGCUGCCACAGAAUCCCCCUUUUGUAACUGACGAGUGCGAUGCCAGUUUCCUUUGUUCGAUGUUAAAAAUUCAACUUGCCUCGUUUUCACUUGCGUUUUAAGCGAGCCUCACAAACGGGUGAUGGAGAUGUAGUCUCAAGUAGCAAAACGACGGGCAAAGGAUGCCAGCAUGCCCAAUAGGCUGUGCCUUCCUGCAAAUGCUCAAUUUGCCGUUUUCCAAGUUUGAUUCUGCUGUAAACCUGCCUUCAGAUGACUAGCUGGUGCAUUUUUAUUUUUACUCUUUCCUGAGUGACUGUCAUCUCUUCCAGCGCGAGAGAUGUUAACUGAGAUUAUGUAGCAACGAUGACCGCGUUUUGCACGUGUCUUUCUGUGUGAUCGUUCCAAAGGAUUUUGCAACUCCUGCAAAGCAAUAUCCCGCAUGUUGACCUUAAAUGUGUCCGUUUAAGCGCUUGAAGAUUGCGACGGCGUGUUUCUGAAGCUUCAACACCUGUGGAGUCGUGCUUGGCCCAAGAGUCCCUCACCUGUGUUUUAGAUGGACUGCACUGAGAGAGGAACCCAGUGGUGGCACGUCAAUCUCCAAGCAACAUGAGGCCAUUUCCCAAUGGUUUCUAACUAAGUUGAUCCAAGACACUUGACCUCAGCUAAAAAAAAACUGGCCUGAACAUGGCUUUGGGUGGAUUGCUGGUCAAUUGUUGAACAUUGUUUCACCCUGAGUCAGAAAUCAAGGUUGCAGUCCACAAGCAACUAAAAUGAGUACGUUGUGGAUUGCAACUGUAAAACUACAGGACUUGGCUUCAAGUGUAAUUGUUGGUUCUUUAUUUUUCUAACCUUAUCCCUCACUACACCGCCAAGUGUUUUAAGUCUUGCAGGUAAGAGAAGGAGCAGGUGUAUAACAAAGCAGAUUAUAGCUUUCAUUGUAAUUUCUACGCCCUACAAUGCUAUUAGGAAAUGUCCCUUGAUACGUUUUGUCUAUUAUGGGGAGAAACAGGGACUUUAUGACAGGUGGGAAGGAAUUCACAAUAUUUUUAGAUGGGUGCAUCUAACUUCAAAUUCAAACUGGCUUGAAACCUGUUUUUUAGUGUCUUAUCUCCUCUUGAAGUUGGGGCAAUUCUUUUAGUAAUUCGCAUCUGCCCACAGAAAUAAUUAUACCUGGGGUUCCUUGGUUGGGACCCAGGUACAGUUAAAAACGGUUUGAAACUGGUUUUAGAUUUGUCGUGCAAAUGUGCCAGAGAGCUCCUGACGAAAUACACCCCUCUUGGAGCUGGGCUUUCCGCUUUGUGCCUGAAAUCAUGUCGCUUCUGCUUAAGCGGCAGAAGAGUUUUGAGUUGUAAAUGGAAGUGUAGCUGCUGUGGGUAAUUUCACCAACAUCUAGGCUUCACUUCCACUGUUGUACAGCAGAUUGAUCCCUGGAGUUGGUUCUGCCCAUCAUUCCAUCUUUCUCAGCAUUACUUGAUCAGUAGAAUUACUUCAGCCUACGAACUAAGCUGCCAUUACUACAAAGAAUCCUAAAAGACCAAAUGACAUAUUGCUGAUGGAACAAUGCAGCGCUAAGGUUGAAAUGGGGUUCUUGUCUCCUGGACAACCAGCUGUCCCCUCCUACAACCCCGCCCCCAAGAGUGGCUCUCUGCAUGCCUUCAAAGGGGAGGUGUUUCUUACGAUGGCAGUGCAAUAGGAUUGUUGCUGGAGCUGCAGCCCCAGAGCUGGGAUGUUGCACCUCAGGCUCACGGACCAAGUCCAGCCCACUGGGGUUCCCCAUAUGGCCACACCUCCUUCCCACGACCCCGCUCCUUUCCCACAGCUGCCAAUCUGCCAAUCGUUGGGUGGUUUUCCCGGCCACAGGGCUUGAGCCUAACUGGGAUGAAUGAGGAUCACAGGGUGAUGUUAAGAACGGAAACCGUGACCCAAAGCUCUGUAACUCUGCAUACUGGUUUGGGAGCUCUUGCAAGCGUGUCUGUGUUGCAGUGCAGGGAGCAGAGGCAAACAUGUCGCCCUCCUUCUCUUUUUCUCCCAUCCCCCAGUUGCAUCUCAGGCCAAAAGAUCAGCACCGUGGAAUCCCCUUUCCCUUCUCUUGCCUUCUACCACUGAAGCCUUGCUGGAUGGGAGCCCCUGUCCGUAUUUCUUCCCCUGCAUCAGUCCAUGGGGAAACCUUCCCACUCGCCAAGUUCAUUCCUAUGACCUUUUGGUGAUUUUUCCAGUUGCUUAUCUUCAUUUUAAGCUCAGACCUGAUCACUGCUGGUGUAUAAUUCCUCCCCCCCAUCCCACCCUUUGAAUGUGCACUCUUCAUUGUAAAUAACACACUGGGAUGCAUGAAGAUGGUACGGUGCUGAUUUCUGGAGUGUGCCAGUCUCUAAAGAAUUCUUCAACGGCUCUUGUGGCUUUUCUAUUCUUUUGCAUUUUUCUCUCUGGUAUGAACCUUGGCCUGCCUGGAGGGAAGGUUUGGAAAUGCCAGGUGAGUUUGGGAGGGGAGCUGUUACUGAAAUGUACAUGCCUUUGAUUCCUGUCGUGCCUUGGCUUUUUUUUUUAAAGAGAGCAAAUGGACCCUUUUUUGUUUAAAAAAAUGCAGAGGGGGUUCUUUUCUUUUCUUUUUUAAAGCUUCCCCUCUUCCACACAUAGAAAGGGAGUAAUUAGGGUGACCAUAUGAGAAGGAAGACCGGGCUCCUGUAUCUUUUAUUGAAAAAGGAAUUUCAGCAGGUGUCAUUUAUAUGCAUGCAGCGCCUGGUGAAAUUCCCUCUUCAUCACAACAGUUAAAGCUUCAUCGAAACAGUCACAGUGACCAGAUGCAAAAGAGGGCAGGGCUCCUGCAGUUUUAACUCUUGUGAUGAAGAGGGAACUUCACCAAGUGCUGCAUGCAUACAAAUGACACCUGAAAUUCUCUUUUCUAUACAACUAUUAAAGAUACAGGAGCCCUGUCCUCCUUUUCAUAUGGUCACCAUAGAUUAAUUUAAUCUCAAGGAGCUUUCCUCUGGCUGGGGAUGAUGAAAGGCCUUUAGUUUGGGGAAAAGCCACAGGACAAACUAAAGGAUGGCAACCGGAUCUAGGAAAGGGUUAAGAUUCUGCCUUUUGUAAAUAAGGACAUUACCUUUGCAGAGUGUUCUAAUAGUUGCUUCUGGCUCUACUUGAAAAUAAAAUUUGGAACAUGGGCUUGAGCAUGUGUGUUUCCUAAAACGCAAGAGAAGCAUCAUUUCGCAUGAAGAGGCUUGGGCCAUCCAGCCAUAGGCGUGCGCAAGGGAUGUGCCGGGUGUGUCCAAGCACACCCUAACGUUUCAAGCAAUAAAUGCUGAACUGAGGGGGCCCUUGCGUAGGAAUCC